GCGGUAGCGAGCGGGGCUGGAGCCGCAGCCAGAGCCAGCGGAACUGAGAGGAAGGAGCAGGCAGGUGCACGGCUACGGGGACGACAGCGGCAUGACCGGCCACCACGGCUGGGGCUACGGCCAGAACGACGGCCCCUCACAGUGGCACAAGCUGUAUCCCAUUGCCCAGGGAGACCGCCAGUCACCAAUCAACAUCGUGUCCAGCCAGGCUGUGUACUCGCCCAGCCUGAAGCCACUGGAGCUUUCCUACGAGGCCUGCAUAUCCCUCAGCAUCACCAACAAUGGCCACUCUGUCCAAGUGGACUUCAAUGACAGCGACGACCGAACUGUGGUGACUGGGGGGCCCUUGGACGGGCCAUACCGACUCAAACAGUUCCAUUUCCACUGGGGCAAGAAACACAGUGUGGGCUCAGAGCACACGGUGGAUGGCAAGUCGUUCCCCAGCGAGCUGCACCUCGUUCACUGGAACGCCAAGAAGUAUAGCACCUUUGGGGAGGCAGCCUCAGCGCCCGAUGGCCUGGCUGUGGUCGGUGUCUUCUUGGAGACAGGGGAUGAGCACCCCAGCAUGAACCGUCUGACAGACGCGCUCUACAUGGUUCGGUUUAAGGGAACCAAGGCCCAAUUCAGCUGCUUCAACCCCAAGUGCCUCCUGCCUGCCAGCCGGCACUACUGGACCUACCCGGGCUCCCUGACAACGCCCCCGCUGAGUGAGAGUGUCACCUGGAUCGUGCUCCGUGAACCUAUCAGCAUCUCUGAGAGGCAGAUGGAGAAGUUCCGGAGCCUGCUUUUCACCUCAGAGGAUGAUGAGAGGAUUCACAUGGUAAACAACUUCCGGCCGCCACAGCCACUGAAGGGCCGUGUGGUCAAGGCCUCUUUCCAGGCCUGAGCCGCCUACCUGCCCAGCUGGCCACUAAAGCACCAUUUUCCCAAGGGCUUCCACGUCAGCAGACACCAAACCAUCUGAGGCUCCCUGCCUGGGGGUGCUGUGGACCCCCCUCCCAUUCAGCUGGCUUGCUCCUUGGCCACCCUGGAGGAUUCUUAAUGGGACCCUCAAGUCAAGGGACACCCUUCGGCUGGGGACAGGAAGGACAGGAGCUGAGCAUGGUCCAAGCCUGAGGCUGCCUCUGCUCUCCAAGACCCAAAGGUCCCUGGGAAUCUCCUCCCGUCUUCCCCACUGGCAGUGACAGCAGCCCCACCCUGAGCUCACACUGUGAUGGACGAGACCGAGCUCCCUGGGGCAGGCAGCUGACAUUUCCAGAAAGACUCAAGCAAUAAUUAGAGGUGGGCAGAGCUGCCCUCUCGGCGUUACCUCUUCUGCAGGCCUCCGCCAUGCACGAACCUCACUGCCGGGCCAUUAAAAUCAGCACCCAGCCUGCUGGAGAUGACAUGGCCUUUUCCCUCCAGCCACCUGCUGCCAUGGGCAGACACUGGCUAUGGCUUAGGUAGUUUCUUCCC